AUGGUCGUUGGCGAGGAGCUCGCAGAGACCAUCAGAUCCCACUUAGACCUCCAGAAGGAGACGCCGAAUGCCAAGCACACGAAGAAGGCGUUGAAAUUCUACGCUUCGCUCGCCUCAAGGGCUGUGGCUUGUGGCUUCGCCGUCGACAUUUUUGCAUGCUCCCUCGACCAGGUCGGCCUUUACGAGAUGAAAGUCAUCUCUGACAAGACUGGGGGCUACAUGGUCAUGAGCGACUCCUUCAGCAUGCACGUCUUCAAGGACUCCUUUAGGAAGAUCUUCGAGCCCGAUGAGGCGGCCUUUGCAGGUCCAGCCUCUUUGCGUAGUGUGAUGGCCGCCACUCAGAGCACGGCCAGAGUGUGGAUGCUGAAUCUCCUCCUCAUCUGCCUCCCGAGUUUUUCUGCUGCCGCAGUGUACGCACAUGUCGGUGCGGAUGGAAGCAUAGCAGAAGCCCCGAGGAUGAUGAGACUUGAAGAAACGUCGCUUCAGCAAGGUGAGGCUUCGAAGGAAUAUUUGGUCUCGAUAGGCUCCCAUGGAUCAAGGGCAGACAUGGAGACGAAGCUAGCAGAUGAUGCCCGCGCGGGCGUUGGCAGCUUUGUCGAGUGCUCGGUCGAGGGCGGUACGUGCAAAUGUGACGGUGUCGUGAUGUAUGGUCGGCUUACAUCGAACUGGGAAGAACUUCGAGCUGACGGCUCCGUACCGUGCACGGCAGCAAUGUUUGACUCGAUACCUGCACCCGAAGGUGAGCUGAAUGUCUGCAGGUGCUACUCCUUGCAUUGGUGUGGGGAGAACAAUGUUGACAAGCUCGUAUCCGACACGGCAAGCAGGAGAAGAAACAGCUUUGGCGUGCCCGGAAGGAAUCUCCACCAGCGGCGGAGAUGGUGCGGCUGGGGACCGCGCGACUGUGCCUGGAGUUCUUGGAGCAAGUGGAGUGAGUGCUCGGGGGGGAAGCAAUGUGCAGAAGAGGGCGUGAGCCAGCGAACUCGGCAGCAGGAGACCGAGCCUGAAAAUGGAGGCCGCUGCCAGCCAGAGAGCACCAGUGAAGAGACAAAGUGUCACUGGGUCGGAUGCCAGAAAGACCAGAGCUCUUUGGCCAAGUUGAAGAUGAGCAAAGCCUUUGCUGCAGAGGAGGCGGAGGGCGUGCUGGCGAAAUCUGCGGAGGCAGUGAAGAAAGCUGCAGAGGCAGCAGGUGUCUCGUCAGAUUUGGUCAGCAAGGCCCGGUCAAAGUUCCUGACGAUGGCUCGAGCGGAAGCCGGAAGUCUGACUCCCUCGCGACUCGGAAGGAUUGCAGCAGAAGCGUUCCUCCCAGUAGUGAGGACCGUUAUUGCCAGCUCGGAUGUGAGGGCGAAUGUGGUGUCACUGGCCGGUGAGGUGAUUUUGCUUGGCGUCCAAGACGAGAGUCCGCUGAUGGCACAUGUUGUGGAUGUCAUGGCCUCUGAGAUCGCUGAUGCACUGGGGCUCCCAUCAAUUAAAACGUCAACCUCGGCACCUGAUUCUGGCGUCCAAGUCUUUGGUACGGCAGGCUCCACGACCACCGUCCCAACCAUCGCAAUCUUCCCAAAAGAUGGCUCCGACAGCCUGCAAGGCUGA